AGAAAAAGUAACUAAAUGUAGCUGCAAAACUUUCAGAUUUGAUCUAAAACUCUCUCAUUGUUUGUGAAAAUAGUUUGGCUCAUUCUUGCAUGAUGAUAAAACUGAAAAAAGACAGUAUUUUCCACCAGAAAAGAAUCACAGGGCUUUCUUAAUCUGCACUGACCUUUUUCUGAUGAGACUUUUAAACUACCAUCCCAUGCUUAAAAUUUUUCAAAUUUAUAAAAUGUAUUACAUUGUUUUGUUCUUUAAAAAAAUAAAUAAAUAAAUAAAGUCACACUCCUGUUUUCAAAGCAUUCCUAGUGGUGUUUUAAUUAUGAUGUUGCUAUUUUUAGCCAAAAAUGAAAGAUUUUUAUAUAUUUAUAUAUUAAAAACAGUUCCCUUUGAAUGGUCUGGAUGCAUUUGCGAGAUCAUAUGUCAGAGUCCUAAUGGAGUAUCUCCUCCCCUGCUGUAAACCGGCCUUCCCCCUGGGUGUGUGUUUGGAGUGGGGGGAGACACUCUCCUUUGUGCUGCAGCCGGAGCCUGGCUCCAUCUGGUACUGAACAUCAAGACUCAGCAGAUUAAGAUCUCUGAUUCUUCCAGUUGAAGCACGGCAGAGAUCAAACAGCAAAGUGACUUUUCCCUGUUGUUCAAGCUGAGCUCUCAAAACAAGCACUCAGUGUUUAAAAACUGAAAUGUCUGUCGGACAAAACGGCUCUGUCUCUUUAAAUCUUCCAGCAUCUACUAGGAUGGAGAGGGGGGGGAGAGGCUGCCUUCUGUGAAAUUGAACCCUGAAGUGACAUCACGCUCAGCCAAUCAGGAGCCUCGCCUGAGCUCUCUCUUCCUCUCCUGCCUGUGGGAUGAGCGUACUCUAGCUGCUGAGGACGCAGGCCGCUGCUGAUGCUGAUGCUGCUGGGGCGGAUGGCUGCCUGACAUCAGAAUAUCAUGCUUUGCUCCAAAGACCCUUCGCUUGUGUUCGUAGUGGGGAGCCAGUCGCCCGCUGUACACAACAGAGAUGCAUCCUAAUAAGGCUCAAGAGCAAAGGUGAACAAUAAAGCUAAAAGAAAAACCUUUAAGAGCCAAUAGGAAACAGAAGCGCCUGUCUGGACGGAUCUGAGAGGAAGGCGGCGAUGGCAAAGAGAGAUUACUUGGUGGAAGCGGCUAAGCAGAUCCGCAUGGCGCUGGACAGUGAGGUCAACGAGGACUACGAGGCCGCUUUCAGCUACUACAAGAACGGCGUGGACCUGCUGCUGAACGGGGUUCAAUUGGACCCAAACAAGGAGCGGAGGGAGGCAGUGAAAAGGAAAACAACCCAAUACCUGAAGAGAGCCGAGGAAAUCUUUAUCACACAUCUGCAGGAUAAUCUCGGAAAGGGAAGCUGUCAUUUAGGGGGUUACAGUAGUUUGAGAUUUCGUCCAAUCAGACACUUGAGUUCCCCUGUAGAGGAUCUAGAGAUGUGUAAAGUGGUGGGAGUCAACGAUAAGGUCCUGAUUGUACAAAGUAUGGUCAACAAAGAGACGUUUGUUGUAAAGAGUUUGGUGAAAUCGAGCUGGGAGAGCAGAGAUCAACCGACCAUCAUUCCUCAAGGGGUGCCAUACAUGGUCAAGCUGCUGCGAUACUAUGUCAGCGAGGAUGCAGUGUACCUGCAUCUCGAGCAUGUCAAAGGUGGACGGCUCUUUUCCAAGCUGCACAAACUGAACACAGAGAAGGCCAAGGAGCAUCCAGAAUGCCUCACCUCCGGCCAGCACAACCUCAAGCUGAAGACCAGCCACACCUCACCCACAAUCAGCACAGACUACCAGCACAGCAGCAAGGCUCCAGCGCAGAAACCGACUGAUGACAGCCCAGAUGUAGACUGGGAUGAGGCCCAGCGGCGGCUGGAGAGCUGCGGGACUCACUCCUACAUUGAGGAGACGGGUUGCCUGCAGAACACACGCUCUGCAGCAUCGUUUUACAACAAGCUGGAUCGCCUAACCCUGCUUUCUGGCCCCACAAGGACACAGGUCAACACCCAUAUCCACCCACCAGCUCCUAGUUUGUGUUUGCACUCUGGUGAAACUCAGGAAAAGCCUGCUCUUCCUCUCUCCUGCUCUCGAGUCAGUCAAGCUCUAGAUGUCAUGUCGGAAAUCCACAAAAAGAAAACCGGGAUGGGGCUGAUAGAGUGCAGCUCGGACUUCGAAGCGGCCUGGAAAGCUGCAGACCCGACUCUCAACUGUGAGAACAUCAACCCCUAUGCAGUCACUGACAGAACACUGGGACAAACUUCUGCUCAAAAAAAUCAGACGAAAACAGGGACUUCAAACACUGACAAUAAGGGUUUGAGCUCUUCUCCUGCCAUCCUGCACCUUCCUCUUCAUCAUCAGUCCCAUGCGAGGGCAUCAUGGGAUACCAAUGGUUCUGAUCAGGGGUCUUUUUUAGGUGGAAGUUCUCCAGACUCAAAGUCACACAGCAUCAGUCCCACAGCAGAGGAGAGAAAUGGGAUGGUAGUUCUAAAGAGUACAGACAGAGCCAUAUUUUCAGACAGCACGGACUCAAAAAUCACAGCAGACAGUUUUCAGCCUUUUUCUGGCUCCCUUCACCUCACCGCUGCUGAAAAAAUGAAGACUUUUUUGGGGGUCACCUUGGGGAGCUUCUCAGGUGUGAAAUCUAAAAGCGAAACCCAUUCCAACGGAGAACAAAAGAGCGCAGCAGUGACCCGUGAGUUCUCCACAGAGACGAAAGCAGACUCAAAGGACAGAUCUCGUGUUGGCUGGUUCUCUCCUGAUCCUCUCGGAGUCCUGCCCCAGAGCAAGGAACCCGAUGAAGACGCCUCUCCGAAUCCAAAUGGGCAAGAAGAAGACCAAAUCAUCGAGGUGGACGGCUGGUGCCACCUGCUCCCGUUCCCCACCAGGUCUUCAAGGCCUGAAGAGAAGGCCAUGCAGACCUGCUGGGGGCUUCCAGAGGCAGAUGUACGCGUGUGGGGAGCACAGAUCCUACUGGCCCUAGAAAGUCUGCACGAGCAAGGCCUUCUGUGUAGGGAUCUCAACCCGAGAAACAUUCUACUGACCAGCAAUGGAAAAGUAUGUCUGACGUUUUUCAGCCAGUGGAGUGAAGUUCAGCCUGAGAUUAACUCCAAAGCAAUGGAACAGAUGUACUGCGCUCCAGAAAUUGGGGGCGUGUCCAGAGUUACUGAAGCUUGUGAUUGGUGGAGUCUUGGAGCUUUGCUUUUUGAGCUUCUCACAGGAAUGCCACUGUGGCAGCUCCAUCCAGCUGGAAUCCACUCCCACACCCAGCUCCUCAUUCCCAACCACCUGAGUGCUGCAGCUGCAUCUCUCCUCACUGAGCUGCUUCAGUUUGACGCUGGCUACCGCUUGGGUUCAGGAGGUGGAGGAGUGAGCGACAUCAAGUGUCACCCUUUCUUCAGCGGCGUAUCAUGGAAAGCUCUGACCUGCUAACAUGAUUAUUCAUUUUUGCAUAUCUGAAAACGGUUGUGCCACACUGGACUUUAGAAUUAGUUCUGCUGGAUGUGACCAGAAAGGAUUCGGCUUUGUGUGCUUCCCAUGAUGAAGAACCGAACAAAAGUUUAACAGAAAUGUGGACACAUGUCUGGAAAGAGGAGAAACUACCUUAUAAUUGAAACUUAAAGAUGCCUUCACUGAACUUCUGAAUACCAUGCAUGUCAUUACAGAUUAUUUUUAAUUUUUGAUAUUCCCCCCAGUUAUUGUACAACAAUCUAUGAUAGGCAAUAAGUGGAUUCAAAAUUAAUUACAUCUUUUCUAAUGAAAGCUCAUAGUAACUGAUAUUUACUAAAGUUUGGACACAUCUGGAGGAUCAUCUGUCAAUUCUGAUCGAUAAAUGUCUUAAAAACCGUCCAAGUCUUCAGUCUAGGCCUCUACAUUUGAACUGAUUACAUAUAAAUCAGAAUCAAAACACGUUCCCAUCAAAAACUUUUACUCUUAUGCUGAUCAAGAUAAGAGUAUGGCCAGUCAAGCAUUUUUCUACUAUGAAAAAUGAACCACAAAUCAAAGUCAUGAGUCAAUUGUUCCGUUCAGCUUCUUAUUCACACUUUAGAAGUGAAAAAAGUUAAUGAGUUAAGGCAUAACCCAUCUGAAUUUAUUUCCAGCUACUGAAAAAUAUAUUUCAUGUAGAUUCUAAAUUAAGAUAAUUUUGAAUCCUGAAUGGUUUGAUGUUCAUUUGCAUCAAAUAUUUGCAUCCCAUUCAAAUCCUGCUUUGUCUCUGGUUUGUUCAGGGGAACCGGAUAAAUCAGAACAACAGCUGGGUAAUGAAGUUUUUAUUGUUUAAAACAUUUUUUUCUCUUAAAUAGUCUCUUACACGGCAAAAAGAGAGGUCUUUUCUUUAUACUUCUUCAGCUAGAUGGCGAAAAAUCUCAAUUUCUCCUUUUUUUUUUAAUUGAGAUUUUAAGUUUGUUGUUUUCUAGCCCAAUGUGUGCGGAUUGUUCUGCUCUCAACCAAAAUAAUAAAAUUACAAUAUGCAGUUUAA